AUGACCCAGCCAACUUGUCAAUAUUUUCUAUUGAAAAACCCUCAUGAGCCUACAGUAAUCCCUCUAUCUUUCUUCAUCACAUUACUUUCAACUGUUAUCAAUUUUCUAGGAUUUUAUGUGAUUCUAUACAAAUCUAAAAAAGAAACGAAACUUUUUAAAUUCACACUUUUCGGAAAUUUGUUCACACUUUGGUUAUCUCAAGGAUUCUGGGCUAUCACAAUGAACACGAUGCCUCUAUUCCCAUUUCCGGCUCUUUACUCCUCAAAUCUUUUCAAUAAUAUUCUCUCUACUCACAGUGUAUUCCGCAUCUGGAUUGUUCUCUUGAGUUUUUUUGCAGUAUUUUUGGUUGGCCAAUUGAUAGUUAGACAUCGGAUGGUGGUUAGAGCAGAGAGUUUUUUCAAUUUUCCAAAUUGGUUUUACAUAGUGGUGGUAGCCGGUGGAUGGUCCUCCAUCACUCCUUUCCUACUGGCAGUUUGGAGUUAUUGUGAUACACCUGAAUUAGAAAAAAUAGAAUUCGUUCGAGAGAACUUCCCGGGUUGCUCAGAAGUUUUCAAUCUGCCCGGUGUCUUGAUCAUUACCAAUGUGAAUGCACUUUACGCUUUACUGGGAUUGAUGGCUUUAACUGGUAUCGCCGCUGAAGGGGUUUACAUAAUCUCAAGCGUCUUGAUGCUCUUUGAGCUCUCAAAACAAACCCGAAAAAUGAGCAACAACAACUUCAAUCAUCAGAGAAAAGUGGUCGUUGAUACCACUAUUCAGAUUGUCAUUAAAUCCACGUUUAUUUCAACAUGGGCUUUCUGGGCCGUGAUUUCCUAUUUUAUGAGUCCUCAGUUAGACACUAGAAUUGUCUCCACUACUAUCAACUGCUUAUUUGUUUUCGCUCCAAUUCCUGGUACCGUUUCCAUGAUUUUUCUGAAUUCGACAUAUCGAAAAUUUGUGGCCGAAAAUGUAUUGAGGAGAAAACGAUCGAAUGUCAGUCCGAGUCGUUAUGCACUUCCAAUGCAAGCAGAUUUAAAAUCUCAAUUCUUUUAA